AUGUGUUGCCUUUCAGUGCGCACGGAUUUUACCCGGAGUUAUUAUUAUUGUUGUUAUUAUUAUGACGCCAGGAUGGAUUGGCUCAACGGCACCGGACUGGACGCAGUCAUCCAGCAGAACUCAUCCCACAGCUACUCACCGGCGGCCCUCGCCAGCAUCGCCGCCCUCGUGAGUUUCCUCAUCUUGUUCACGGUGGUCGGCAACGUGCUGGUGGUGAUCGCCGUGCUGACGAGCCGCGCGCUGAAAGCUCCCCAGAACCUUUUCCUGGUCUCCCUGGCCACGGCCGACGUCCUGGUGGCCACUCUGGUGAUGCCCUUCAGUCUCGCCAAUGAACUCAUGGGCUACUGGUAUUUUGGCAAAGUUUGGUGCGGCAUUUAUUUGGCGCUGGACGUCCUUUUCUGCACGUCCUCCAUCGUGCAUCUGUGCGCCAUUAGCCUGGAUCGCUACUGGUCCGUCACGCAAGCGGUCGAGUAUAAUUUAAAGCGGACUCCCAAGCGGGUUAAGUGCAUCAUUUUCAUUGUGUGGCUCAUAUCUGCCUUGAUUUCCUCACCGCCGUUGUUGUCAAUGGAGAGAAACAAGGAGAGAAGCACUCAGCCCCAGUGUGAGCUCAACGACGACAGUUGGUACAUUGUCUCAUCCAGUGUAGCGUCCUUCUUCGCCCCCUGCCUCAUCAUGAUCCUGGUCUACGUCAGGAUCUACCAAGUAGCCAAAAACAGAACCAGGAGCAUGUCGGAGAAGAGGCGGGCGGACGGCGUCGCCGUUAAAACCGAGAACGGGCACUGCCAGUGUCCGCCCACCCCCAGCCACCGGACGGCCACGCAGGGGCAACACACGGAGGAAGCCGACCUGGAAGAGAGCUCCUCGUCGGAGGGGAAGGGCGGUGGGAAGCAGCAAGACUCCCCUCAGGGGAACCCAAAGAGGACCUCAUUCUCCAAACAGGCCAAGAAGAUCUCCAGAGUCAGCAACAAAUCCAUAGACCUUUUCGCCUCAAGGAGCAAACGGAGGAGCUCCAUCGCUCUGAAAAAGGUCUCCCAAGCCCGAGAGAAGAGGUUCACAUUCGUCCUUGCCGUGGUGAUGGGGGUGUUUGUCGUGUGCUGGUUCCCGUUCUUCUUCAGCUACAGUCUUUACGGCAUGUGCGGGGACUCCUGCAAGAUCCCGGACCCCCUCUUUAAGUUCUUCUUCUGGAUCGGGUACUGCAACAGCUCACUCAACCCGGCUAUCUACACCAUCUUUAACCGUGACUUCAGACGGGCCUUCCAAAGGAUCCUGUGCAAGUCGUGGAAAAAGUCCUGCUAG